CUUCCGUAGCUAAACGCUAACUAUCGAAGCUUUUAUACGUAAACAUGGGUGAUUCAUGCUAAAUAUUUUUCCGUCGCAUUAUCAUCAUUACUACUUUAAUAUUUGGUUGUUUAAUGUCGCUUUCUGGCUGACCAGAAACUCGCUGUUUUUAAGUACAAGCUAAUUUAGCUUAGCUUCUCUUUAGGCAUGAAUUCUCUCGUUGGUUACGGAGUCUCCUCAGAUUCUGACAGCGAAGUGGAAAAGGGCUUUAGCAAAUACUUGGAUGAUGAACCUGGAGCUGGCAGUAAAGUUCGCAACUUCCUGCUGGAAUCUGGUUCAGCCUCUAGUGACUCAGGCAGUGAAGAAAGUGCAGAAGAUGCGUCUUUGCCAACACAUCACCAAACAUCAGCGCCUACUGCCACUCCUGCAGGACACCUCCAGGGAUCCGUCAACUCCAGCAAACUACCUCCUCCUCCACUCGAUGCCUGCACUGACAGCAGCGUGUUCACCAACCCAUUCAAGGCUCAGGCUGACCAGCGGCUCAACGCCUUACAGAAACAUGUUCCUCUUACCAUGCAUGCCAAACCUUCUCAGAUUGGUGGGAAGAGGAUUUGUGUGGCGUACCGGAAAGAUGGAAGGUGCAGAUUUGGCAUCAGAUGUAAAUUUGCUCAUGAUAGUGACCUCCAGACAUCAGUCAUUCCAACUGACAUUGAUCCCCCGCUGAAUGAACCGCGGUUGUUAUCGACUCAGGUUGAUUCCUGCGUGGGACAAAGCCAGAUUUCCCAGCAGGAGACAGAUGAGGAAGAUUCAAAAGGGAAGGUCAAGAAGAGAAGGGUAGGACUGAGUGACACCUUGAUUCCUCCAAAGCGAGCGAUGAAGCAGUUUGCUAAGCAGAGGGACAAAGGACGCUUCAGUGUACCCUGAAAUGUAUUUUGUCAAGACAGUGUGCAGUACCCUUCUU